AUGGACGAUUAUGAGCUAAUGCGAGUCUGUACAGUGGGCGGCAACGCUGUGUCCGCCUUCCUGUCAUGGAGACUCCAAGCAACGAACGCUUGCGAUGUGACGCUGGUUUGGAAGUCGGGCUACGAGGCAGUUCAUCAAUAUGGCAUAUCUUUCAAGUCCGAGACUGGCAGUCUCGAACGUUUCAAACCCCGACGAGUUGUCCGAACCCCUGAAGAGGCUGCGAACAACAAAGAGGGUGCAUUUGACUAUGUCAUUCUCUGCAUCAAGGCGUUGCCAGACGUCUACGACCUUGCAUCCGUAAUCGACUCGGUGGUUACGCCCCAGCAUACUUGCGUUUUGAUAAAUACAACGCACACAUUGGGUGUGGAGCAAACCAUCGAGGAGCGGUUUCCGACAAAUGUUGUCCUGUCACUUGUUUCCAAUGCCCAAAUCACGCAACUGGGGACCAGCGAAUUCGAACACAAAGGCUCAAGCGAAAUAUGGGUUGGGCCCGCCAACAAGAAUGCCAAUAUCCCUCCGGCGAUCCAAGACGAUAUGGCUCAGGCUCUGGCUAUGACCUUGAGUACUGGCCAAGUGGAUUGCAAGGUAUCGCCGAACAUUCGGCAACAGCAGUUUGAGCGGGUUAUUGGCCCGAUCGCUUUCCAUCCUGCUAGUGUCAUCUUUGACACUAGUUCACACUCGGCCCUUCUGGAAAAGACGGGAGUCAGACAGCUGGUGUCUGAUGUAAUUGACGAACUCAUUGAGCUUGCUAGCGCCUUUGGGUGUACGCUUAACGCCGAAUUCAAGCAGAGCACGAUCAAGGAGCAAUGUCAACCUGCAGAAGGUUCGAGCAUCAUGUGGCAAGACUACGUUGCGCGGCGACCAAUGGAAGUGGAGACGUUCCUCGGCUCUCCAAUUAAGCUUGCUCAGUUCUCAGGGGUCAAACUGCCACGUAUCGAGACGCUCUAUGCCAUUUUCCACAACCUCAACAUUGUCAACCAAACGCGGCCGAAGGAAAUCAACGGCUUAGCCCCCGUGCCAGGUUCACCAACAGGAACCAUAUCGAUGCCCCGUAUGUCGUCUAACGGACCGCCGCCGCCCCGCAUCGUCCCGAACGGGGUGCCAAUGCCCAACGGGAAUGGCAUGGGUAGACCUCAACAGCGACCAAGAAACUCGUCCAAUUACUCGGGACCACCGCCGGGCAUGCGCCGUGGGCCUCCUCCCGGCAUGAACGGCGGUCCACCAAACGGUUACCGACCUCCAAUGAACGGUGGCAUGAAUGGCGCGCCAAAUGGUAUGCGGCAGCCUUCGAGACGCGGCUCAGUGGAAGAAGACCUGUCCGACUUCAGUCAUUUGGUCAUGUACGAUGAGGUGCCGGUGGGUGGCGAAGCUGGAUAUCCUGCUGAAAACCCCGACUUGGCCAUCCGCGAGAGAGAAUUGCAGCUUCGUCAGCGUGAACUGGCUUUGAAAGAACAAGAGCUGCGUAUGAGGCGUGGCGCACCCGGGCCCCCCGGUCCCGCUGGCCCUCCGGGUCCCAGGCGACGACCUCCUCCACGUAACGGUGGUGGCAUGGGCCCUCCCCCUGGGGCCGUCUAUGACGAAGAUGACGAGGAGGAUGACUACUUCGACCCCAACGCCAACAUUGCGCCCAUGGUCGAUCCGGACAACUUCGACAUGAUGAGUGUGACGUCCAGGAAGAACCGUUCCAAGGCGCCUAGCCAGAGCCAGAUUCGGCGCGAUCCUGAGAUGGGAGCGAUGGCACCGCCUGCCCGAAGUAGUAGAUGGGGCCGGCCAGGAUUCGGCAGAAACCGUUCUAGUCAGAUCAUCGACGCCGUGCCUGGCCUCCACGAGAACAUCCUCGACGACCCGUUGAUGUCGUGCUCUUCCAACCGAUACGGUACUGUCGAUCGGGGACAGAUGCAUGCCGGCUCCCGAACCAACUCACUGACAGCUCAGCAUUUGGACGCAUUGAACGGACCGAGCAUGGCUGGGAUGAAUGGACCGUUCCCGAGACGUGCUAGUCAAUCGCCGGGCAAUCCGUACAGCCCGUCCAUUCGUGGUGGCAACGGCCGCCCGUCGCCGCCUGGUAUGAAUGGCCGCCCAUCUCCACCAGACGGCAUGCGCCAGCCAGUCCCUCGGUACCCGCCAGGUCAAGGAAAUUCGGUCGCACCGCAGCAGGUUGAACAACGUGUCGGGGUGAGCGCCCUCCAACCACCAAAUUUCAAAGAUGUACGGAGUCUGACUGGCAGUGCGAGCGGUAGCGGGGGGAGUGGUGAAUCCACACACCUAGACUCGGAACCCUCUGCACACAGCAGCCAGAGCAGUCUCGGUCCGCGACCUCCCAUCGGUGUCCGGUAA